AUGGAAAAAAGCCUUGAAACUGACAAUGAAAAAGUUAUUUACUACGGACGAGCUCAUCAAUUCGGUACCUACAGAGCGGGGCGCGCGGAUGUCGAAAAACGGAAAAAGGCGUUGGAUCAAGACAGACUGAACGUUGUUAAAAGUGUUGUGGAUAGCUACUGUGAAUUUAAAGAUGUUCCCAAUCCGCCGACAAAGGAGAUGAUCCACCAAGAAUUGGGUGGAAUCCUGUUUAGCAUCCGCGAAUCCCACAAGAAGCACAGCGGGGUUAAACCGAAAAAGGUAACCGGCUCAGUGUCGCAUACGGCCACCAAUGAGGAAAAGCCGCGCGAAGUCAAGGGUCAUAUUGGUAAACGCAAGAACGGAGUGCCGGCUCGGGCCAUCAACUACAAGGCGCCGUCUUUUGUCGCUCCUCUUGAUUUGUCGGAUGGACGUUCUCCAGUGUCACUGUCACCCAGCUAAGGCUAAACAGUUGUAGUACAGAGAACGAUAUCGUUCUCUGUGUUUGUAGUAACUCUGGGUUUGGUAGCUUUUUUGGAGACCCUUGUGCAUAAAUUGCCUGUACUACAAAGUCUUGAUUAUGCACCGGCCAGUUAGGAUUUUGAAUUGCUUUUGUUGUGCAAAAAAUUUACACACAGAACUCGUUUGUACUUCUAUUGAUAUUCGAUUAUUUCUCGAUUACAUUCAAGAAAGUUAUGUUGUUUUCUUACUUUGUUAAUUUGUAUGGUUGAUGUAGAA